ACGUGGUUCGUCAUUCAUCUCAUAUUGACCCCGCGUGGUCGACCACACACAUGAUGAGUAGCCCCCGUAGAGAUGUCCUUAGGGAGCGCUUGGUGGGCGUUCAAUCACCGGAGCGCGCCAAAGCUAUUCUGGACCAGAUGACUGCUGAGGAUGUGGGAAGGAUCAACCUUUGCGGGGACCUGGAUCAAGCAAAAAGGUCAUGCGUCAACGUGAAACUGAAUUAUGGUGCCAUUGCCUCUGUUCUAAAAGACGCGCGCUUCAACACCGAUGCGAU